AUGGAAUCCCUGCCGAACGAGCUGAAGAUCGCCAUCCUGGAGCGCGUGCAACCCGACGAUCUACGCAAGUUCACCCUGCUCAACAAGGCAUGGCGUCAGCUCUUCAAGAAGAACCGCAGGAAUUUCAGAAGAGCCGAUGCAGAGGAGAUUCGCUUCUACGACCUCGGUGACGGCAACAUCCAAAUUCACAUCGUGUUGCCCGGAAAUCCAGCGUGGACUAAGCGUAUCGUUUCCAAGACGGUGCCCGCCGCCGAGACGUUCGACUGCGUGUGGCCCUAUACGACGGCGGAUUUGAAGGUAAAUUCACACUCGAACGCGCUGCGCUCCGUCUUCGAGGAGAUGCCCGAUGACUGGCUGAAGGAUGUGUCGACGCUGGGCAUCUUCGAGAACGAGAGCAACGUCGAUUCGCUGGAGAUUCUGGGGCGAUGCCCUGCCGUCUCUUCGCUCUACAUUGAUCCCUGCUACUCGGCCAUUGAUGUCACUUCCAUUGCAAGGAAAAUGCCCAAGAUUGAGGAUUUAAAGCUGCUCUCCUGCAAUCGAAUCAUCACCGCCGACGACACGACGCUCGCUGAAGUAAUCGAGAGGAGCCGCAAAUCGGAGAAUGGGCUGCGCACCUUCUGGGCCGACUCAAUUCCGACCGACUUCUCCAUGGCGAUGGUCCAGCGAUUCCUUCUGGAGGCCAAGUUCAGCGAGCGGUGCUCAACUCUGUUGGAGAAGAUGCGCGGAUCUCGGGCCGUCUUCCUCGACUUUAUCAAUCAACACUUUGACGACACGGUGCAAAGCGGAAAUGCGUACAACUUCAAGGACGCGCGUGGAUAUGAAUUUUCGCUGAUUAUUGGCUCAUUUAUCGCUGCGUCCUCUUGUACCAUUGUGCCCUCGUUGCCCAUGGCUGCUCUCUUCUUUCUGCCAACACCCCUUUUGGGCCCCUGUACGCCGGCUAUACUAGGUUCCUGUUGGACCUUCUCAGGGACUACGAGAUCGAAAACUGCUGUUCAUUACAACACUCUUUCCGAACCUUCAUCCAAUAUCUGCAAACGCUACUUCCUCGAGCUCGCCCACAAAGACGUUUUGGUCGACCCCUUCAAUAAGCCGUUCAAGAGCCCUCUCAAACCGCAAGCGGACAUCACGGUGUACUCUGGAGCUGCGCAAGUCAAGCUGCCCAAGACGUUCAACGAUGAGUGCGAGGAAACGAUGAAAGAAUUGGCGACGAUGCUCGAGACUGUUGAAAGACAACAGGAGCAAACGGCUCUCAUCGAGCAAUUGGAGCGGCUGGUGGACGAACGGAAUCAGAUCAUCUUCUCCGUCGAGGAUCAGGUGAGAAGGGCGCAAGACAACCUCCACGAAAGCGUAUUCCAGGGAAAGCGCUUUCUGGAGAAGCUGGCAGUAGCGCGGACGAAGGGAGUGCUGUCAGAAGAGGCUAUUGAAUUCAGCGCCAGACUCGCGAAAAGCCACUCCCUGGCGGCGCCUUCUACAUGGAAUGCAGGUGACUCUUCUCGCCCGUUCCCCAGCCAGCGUGAAGUCGCCAGCCGAAUUUUCGGGAAUUCAAUGCCGAUCAAAACGUCGCUUCCUCGUUUCCGUUUUGGUGAUCUUUCGAAGCAACAACAGGAAUCAACAAUCACACAUCUCAAUAUCUACGACAAGGUCAAACUGCGAUAUGUGCACAAGACGUAUCACCGUCGUUCGCCGCUGUCAAUUGUGAUGAACUCUCGGUGGUCGGAGUUCCGUUGCGAAUUCAUCGGUGGACAGCUCGCUCUACGAUGGAUUGGUCGGAGUCGCCACGGGAUGGAUAAGGGGAUAAUUGUGCUCCUGAAGCCCGAUGUGCACUUGAUUUGGACAUAUCCCUAUAAGGGUCCUGCCGCCGCACUUUUCAAGGAGCCAACCUGGCUGGCAAGGAAAAAGACGACUAUUGAUGUUUUUCUCAACUACCGUGCCCGUUCGCACGCCCGACGCAUGGCGAAGGCUUUUCAUAAAAAUACACAAAUUGUGCGAGUGUUCAUUUCUGCAAUGAAUUGCGCUUGCGGGGCUCCUCGUGGACGACGCGGGGUCGACAUGACCUGCCUGUGCCAGCCCAACUUUAGCAACAUCCAUGCACUGAUUGAUGAUCGCCCAUUCGUCGAGGUGCUGAUAUGGCCGCACUGGUUCCGCAGGGAAUGGCGGUACACAUGCGAGGCCAUUGCCCAGCUCAUCGACAACAUCCCGGCAUGCCAUGACGCUCGCCGCCUCUAUGCCUUCACGUACUUUGAAUCAUUCCCACAAUGCGAUGUCUGCCGAAUCACGCGGGACCUAUUCGCCGAUGUGCGGCCGAUGGUGGUGCGGCGGAUCCCGGGAAACUGGAUGUUUUUCACGCUGACGGUACAUGAGGCGUCGUCGAAACUAUGGGAUACACUCAACUACCCGUCGAUGGAGAUCUUGCCGACAGUUUUGAUCCUGGGAUGGGAUGUCGAGCGCUUUAUUUACUCCCUUGACGAGCGGCCGGUGUCACGGAGCUGGCUGCUGAUAGCCCAGAACUACGGAACAGGUGCAGAAGCCGAAGAGGCGGUGCGCAUCGACGCGUUGGCUGCCCAGUUCAUCAGCGAACCACUUAGUCUGACACGACGCGGGUCUGAUGACAGCACGUUGUCUCCGCUGCUACAACAACUCAAUGUCGAUACC